GUUUAGAGAUGGGUCAUGUCAGGGGGGUAUCUUUGGGGGCAGUUCUACGCACGCGUUCUUAUCGUCGCACUGUACUUGUUGUUUGGCGUGAGUAUACAUGAGGAAUACAGGAGACAGAUAAUGAAGUUCAACAAACAAAAAUCCCCACAAGCAGAAAAGGAAUUUGGGGGGACUUUGGGUGCCACCUGUAUACCUGUCUUCUUGCCCCUGACGGUACUUUACCUGCUCUGUGUAUGUCGCUCCCCUGUGGCCAGCGUGCUCCAGUGGCCCCCUGUCCUGCCCCCCACAGCCCAGCUAUGGGACCCUCUGGCCCCUGUUCUCAUACUGGGCUGGAUGGCCCUCCAGAGCUUCUUUUACCUGCUGCCUAUGGGGAAGGUGUCUGAGGGGAUGGUGCUAAAAGAUGGCUCGAGACUCAAGUACCCCAUAAACGGUUUUCAUGCCCUUUGCAUCACAGCUGUGCUGUUGACAUUGUCACUAUGGCUGGGGAUGCCUCUGGGGUAUCUCUUUGAGCUGUUGUUGCCCCUGGCAGUGUGUGCUAUUGGGGUGUCAUUCCUCCUCUCCCUCUACCUCUACAUAUCCUCCUUCUGGGCCCCUCACCAUGCCCUCGCCCAGGGGGGAAACACAGGAAACCCCCUGUAUGAUUUCUUUAUGGGACGAGAGCUGAACCCGCGGAUUGGAAGCUUUGAUCUGAAGUAUUUUUGUGAGCUGAGACCAGGUCUGAUUGGCUGGGUGGUGAUUAACUUUGGGAUGCUAAUGAAAGAGGUGGAGCUACGGGACUCCGCCUCCCUGGCCAUGAUACUGGUCAACGGCUUCCAGCUGCUCUACGUGGCGGAUGCUCUGUGGAAUGAGGAGGCUGUGCUGACCACCAUGGACAUAGUGCAUGAUGGCUUUGGGUUUAUGUUGGUCUUUGGGGACCUGGCCUGGGUUCCCUUUACGUACAGCCUGCAAGCUGCCUUCCUGGUCGUGCACCCACAGUCCCUUAGUCCUCUAGGAGCCACAGCUAUAGUCACAUUGAAUGGUGCUGGGUAUUAUAUCUUCAGAAAAUCAAACUCCCAGAAGAACCAAUUCAGACGGGACCCUACGCAUCCCAGUGUUUCAAAACUGGAGACUAUUGCCACAGCAACUGGGAAGCGCCUUUUGGUGUCUGGCUGGUGGGGCCUCGUACGCCAUCCAAACUACCUAGGAGACCUUCUCAUGGCCCUAGCAUGGUCCCUGCCGUGUGGAUUCAACCAUCUUCUACCUUACUUUUAUGUUGUGUACUUCACUGUCCUGUUAAUUCACCGAGAGGCCCGUGACGAGAGGCACUGCAGGGCCAAGUAUGGCCUGGCAUGGGACAGCUACUGCAGGCGCGUGCCCUACAGGAUCUUCCCCUAUAUCUACUGAGCUAAGCUUCGACCGAAGCAGUCAGGGCAGAGCCGGGGCCCGGGAGCAUGCAAGGGAUGUACACUGCAUAUGAUGGCCAGCUGUGUUGUAUAAAGUGCACUUUCUGAACCUCAACAGACUAGACUGAACAAUAACUACUGAAAUGCUGUCUUUUCUCUGUAAUAAUGAAUAUGUACUUUACACAUGAUGACUGUGGAGAAAAUGGCACUUCUGACUCUAUAUAAACUGGCCAGACAAGCUGACAGUUUGGCCCAGCGGCUUUACCAUUUGCUCACAGUAGUGAUGUCUUUCUAGUGAGUCUCAAGCACGAUCAAUCUUGAGCAUUAGCUUUCAUACUGAUCUUUCCUUUCUUCCUCAAGAUUGGACACUAUGGACUGGUUUCCCAGACACAGAUUAAGCCUAGUCCUGGACUAAAAAGCAUGCUCAAUGGGGAAUCUCCAUUUAAAGUGUGUUUUAGCACAGGAGUAGGCUUAAUCUCUGUCCAAGAAACCAGCCCUACACUUUAUUUCAAAUGAACAGAUGAGUCACAUUUCAGUAACUGUGGUGUAUUAGCACUGAUCUGAAAGAUAUUCAAAUGAUCAGGAAAAUGUAUGCAUGUAUUGAAAUGGUCAUGUUGGACGUUAUUUGGAGUGACGAGUGUUAUCCUGUUUCUUUAAUAUUUCAAAACUGAAAUUGAAGCCUUAAGUUUACCUUAACGUUAUUGCAUAACUUUGUUGUGAAUUUUUACAACAACAAAAACCCAAUAAACAAUAGUAAUUGCAGUCAGAAUAAAUGUUUACAAAAUUGUAUGCAAACAAGUAAUACCAGUCUGGCACUGAAUUUGAAUUCAUAAUAAAUUGGGUAAAUAUGA